UCAAACAUGGCGCUUUGUUAUGAUUGAUGUUCUAUCAGUAAUGUAAUUCAAAACAUCCGAUGAAUCGAUCUCAUCUUUUGCUUUAAAUCAGCCAGUUAUUGCAUGGAGGAAGGAAAAUGGUUAAUGUAGCCACUGUAUCAUAACGUAUAGUCAGAAGACGUGUAUGACCUCAACGGUGACAGUUUUUUCGUAAGAAUGAAUUCAGUAAAGUAUGUCAACAAGUUAAACUCGUUAACGUUAACAUUGGCAAUAAUAAAACCGGAUGUAGUCGCCCAUCCUCGGAGAUGUCAGGCAAUCAAGCAAGUGAUGCUGGACAACAAGUUCUAUUUUGUCCGCUCACAAGAAAAGCAAUUACUACGAAGUGAGGCUGAAAUAUUCUAUGCAAUUCAUAAAGAAAAGUUCUUCUUCAACCGUCUGGCUGGUUUCAUGUCUAGUGGGCCAUUAAGUGCUCACAUCCUUGCCAGACAUGAUGCCAUAGCUCAUUGGAGACAUCUAAUGGGACCGACAAAGACAUUCAGAGCUAAGCACGAUGCUCCCGACUCCUUGAGAGCUAGGUUUGGAUUGACAGACACAAGAAAUGCAACCCAUGGUUCAGAUUCACCAGAGACUGCCAAGAUUGAAAUGGAGUUCUUUUUUCCCGACUUCAACGUCGAUGACUGGUACAGGGACCAAGAGCCAUCCUUCAGAUCUGGAAAUGUGAAAUAUUGCGAUGAGAAAAACGAGCAUUAUAUCAUUAAGGAUGUCAUCGACGAUAAAGAAUUCCCGGAUAGUUGACAUCACCAUAUUGUAAUAAACCAAACAACUCAGAAUAUUUGGGUUUUUUUUUUUCUUGAAAUCUCUGCUCCGACUCUUUUUUAUUUUGAUGGAUCGUGCGAAAUCUUCUCUGCUCCAAAUGUCAUUUAAUCACACCUGAUCAACUUUUUUUCGUUUUAAGGGUUGUAUUACUUGUACUUCCGAUUUAUUUUUUACUCUAUUUAAAUAUAUAAAAAAAGUGUUUUCAUUUACUAUACACUUAUUAUUUCUAUGAUAUUGAGAUGGGACUCAUUUAUUUAAAUACAUUGUAUGAUGCCGUCUCAAGUUUGGAUUGACAGACUUUCGGAUCACAGGGUUCAAGUACAAUUUUGUUUUAGCCAGCCUGAACUAUUCCUAAUUCCCUGCUGUUUCCUCUGUCACCCAUUUCCUGUCCUUACCCAAACUACCUCUAAUGUUCCUUUAAAGGGUGGCUGCAGUGUUUUUUAAAAUAAUUUAAACGAUUAAACAUGACUUUUUAAACCUGAA